GGUCGUUCAUGUUGAACCAUUUGUCGAGCCUGGCGGCCAUACUUAAACAAAACUGUUUUGGUAGAAAUGUUGAUUAUUUGACAUUUUUAUUGAUUUUUCCGUGGUUUUAAUUCAACCGAUUUUACAAAUGAGCGCAAAAUUGGACGUAAAUCGACGGGUCUUGGCUAUACAAGCAAAAAAGAAAAGACAUAAGCCGUCUAAGAAAAAAAGUAAGAACGAAAUGAAUGGUCACGGUGAAAAUCGUUUAAAUUCCAAAAGUGAGCCCUCACAUAGUUCAAGCAAUGAAACGAUUGAAGAUCAAGAUGACACGUACACUAGUGAAGAAGAAGAACAAGAAGACAGCAAUGAUUAUCGAAAAGGAGGCUAUCAUCCAGUUAAAAUUGGUGAUCUAUUUCUUAGUAGAUACCAUGUUACCCGGAAGCUCGGAUGGGGCCACUUUUCCACGGUAUGGCUAUGUUGGGACCUGCAAGAUAGAAGGUUUGUCGCUUUAAAAAUAGUUAAGUCAGCAGAGCAUUUUACAGAAACUGCUCUUGAUGAGAUCAAAAUUUUAAAAGCAGUAAGGGAAUCAGAUCCUACAGAUCCAAAACGUAACAAGACUGUUCAGUUAUUAAAUGAUUUCAAAAUCAGUGGCGUGAACGGUGUACAUGUAUGUAUGGUCUUCGAAGUCCUUGGACAUCAUCUAUUAAAAUUAAUUAUUAAAUCAAAUUAUCGUGGAAUUCCUUUAGAUAAUGUUCGUACUAUAAUGCGACAAGUUUUAGAAGGUCUUGACUACUUGCACACCAAAUGUAAAAUAAUACACACUGACAUCAAACCAGAAAAUGUUCUCAUUUGUGUGAGUGAGGAUUACAUCAGAAAAUUGGCAUGUGAAGCUGCUGAAAUGCAUAAUUUAGGAUUAAAAUUACCAACAUCAUUAAUAAGUACUGCACCAGUUCAAGAAGUGCAACCAACAAAAAUGAGUAAAAAUAAAAAGAAAAAGCUAAAGAAGAAAGCUAAAAGACUUAAUGAAUUACUUAAACGACAAAUGGAACAAAUUAUAGAAUUAGAAGAACAGAAAAAGGUGAAAGAAAAUGGUGACACUCUUACAGAUAAUGACUGCAAUGGUACAAGUCCUAGUCCGGAGAUGGUUCAUGAUAAAACUGAUGAGAAAGUUACAAAUGGCUGUGUUGAUGAAUUAGCAGGAGGUGAAGUUCCCCCAACAAGUGGUGAAGAUUGUAAUAAUGAACCAGUAAUUCAUAUGUCUGAGGAUGAUCCACCGUCAUUAAUUGCAAAAAAUGAAAUAAAGAUGGAAGCAGAUCCCGCCUUCAUAAUAUGCGAAUUUGAAGUUAAAAUUGCCGAUUUAGGUAAUGCUUGUUGGGUUGAUAAACACUUUACUGAAGACAUACAGACGCGACAGUAUCGGUCACUGGAAGUUUUACUAGGAGCUGAGUAUGGUACUUCUGCAGAUAUUUGGAGUACAGCUUGCAUGGCAUUUGAAUUAGCAACAGGUGAUUAUUUAUUUGAACCUCAUUCAGGUGAAGAUUAUUGCAGAGAUGAAGAUCAUUUAGCUCAUAUUAUUGAGUUGUUGGGCAAUAUACCGCGAAGAAUUGCCCAGAGUGGAAGAAAUUCAAAAUUAAUAUUUAAUAAAAAAAAUGAAUUGAGACAUAUUACAGGGCUAAAACCUUGGGGACUAGAAGAUGUUUUAAUUGAAAAGUAUGAGUGGAGUCGGCAAGAUGCAGAAGAAUUUGCAGCAUUUUUAAAACCAAUGCUGGAUUUCGACCCAAAUAAACGGGCAACUGCUGCUGAAUGUCUUCAACAUCCUUGGCUCAACAAGUGAAUAGAUACUGUUAACAUAGCAUUUGGAUUUAAAGUCAAAAUUGGUUUAUUGUAUUUUUUUAGCUUCAUUGCUGUUGUAUCACCUUUGUAGUAAAGCACUGCCUUACAAAAA